GGCAGACAGGACGAGGUACAGAGCUCGGAGGCGGACUGAGGCAGUGUGGUGCUGCUCCCGUAGUAGGAGGUGUACAGUCGGCGUAUGUAUACGGACAUCACUACUACAGUGCAAAGAUGAAACUCUCCUGAGAAAUAUACAACUGUGUGAGAAAAGACAUUCCGUCCUGUACAGCACGCGAGCCCGAGACGUGACGUGUUGGGGAUAUUUUCUAAUGUUUACAUUUCUUAUGUGUUGAUAUCAUUUUAUGAUAUAAUAUAUCUUCGUUAUAUGUGAUACGAUUUGUUUUAUAGCUAUUAGUGCCGUAUGUACUAGGAAGACAAUACAUCACGAUCAAAAUGAACGUUAAACACGUGCUAUGUGUUACUUUGUCAAUGUUAACUCUUUACUUGGAUAGAAUAGUUGGUGUGUCGAUGUAUUCCUAUCCACAUUUGUACAACAAACGCUUGAAGCGGAAUAUACCUCACAAAACCUCCUCCGAUCUAUAUAUGGAUCCAUGCAAAGCAGCUGUUUUUAUAGGCGAUAUAGCCUUAGCUGAUGAAGAUAUAGCUUAUGCCAAAGCACUAUCCAAACAGGAGCCGGACGAGGACUCAUCGGAUAUAUACGGACUUCAGAUAGAUGACCCGCGAGCGUCAACCAUUCAUAGAAAAGGGCCCCAUACAACAUUAGAAAAAAACAUCGAUAGAUUGGAAAAAAUAAGUGGUAGAAAAUCUAAAAAACAUAAAAAGCUAAGGAAGCAGAAAAAACAGAGAAAAGGCAAGAAAAAUAGGACACCACUUAGAAAGUGUGCAAGAGGCGAUAAAAAAUGCAAAUCACUAAGAAAAGCCGAAAAGAAAACGAGGAAGGAACAGAGAUUAAAAAGAAAACUUGAAAGGAAAAUGAAACGAAAAAUGAGCACGUCAACAACGGAGAACACGACAAACGUGCGAUCCAAAAGAGCGGCCACAGCUCGACCCGAGCGUCUCUGGGAUUAUGGCGUCAUACCGUACGAGAUCGAGGCUAACUUUAGUGGUCAACACAAAGCACUGUUCAAACUGGCUAUGCGACACUGGGAGAACUACACGUGUGUGUCGUUUGUGGAGAAAACACCAGCACACAGUAACUACAUCGUGUUCACGGAGAGACCCUGUGGAUGUUGUUCAUUCGUUGGCAAGAGGGGAAGUGGUGCACAAGCAAUAUCAAUAGGGAAAAACUGUGACAAAUUUGGAAUAGUUGUCCAUGAGCUGGGCCAUGUCAUUGGAUUCUGGCAUGAACAUACACGACCGGACAGGGAUGACCACGUACAGAUAAUAUACAAAAACAUCAUGCCAGGCCAGGAAUAUAAUUUCAACAAAUUGACAGAGAGUGAGGUAAAUUCCCUUGGAGAGGAAUAUGAUUAUGGAAGUAUCAUGCACUAUGCCACGAACACAUUUGCUAGAGCAACUUAUGUGGAUACUAUUCUGCCAAGGAAGAAAACGGAUGUUUACCCUGAGAUAGGACAGAGAGUCCGUCUUAGUCCAGGGGACAUAAGGCAAGCCAACAAACUAUACAAAUGUCAAAAAUGUGGCAGAACCCUACAGGAGUCUAUAGCCGACUUUUCCCACACACCCAAGGCUAACGAAGCUGAGAUGUGCCACUGGAGAAUAUCUGCUACCCACGGGGAGAAGAUCGUUCUCAAUCUCACUUCUAUUGACAUUCCAGAUACAGUGGGUUGUGAAACCGACUACUUGGAGAUCCGUGAUGGACAUUAUAUCAGAUCACCUCUCCUCGGUCGUUACUGUGGUGACCGAAUCCCAGCAACUCUCAUCUCUUCAGACAGUCGCAUGUGGCUGGAGUACAGGUCAAGCAGAGGUCAGGGGUCAGGGUUUAGUGCUCAGUAUGAAGCUAUUUGUGGUGGUGAAAUCUACAAGGAGAAUGGACAGCUAACUAGCCCCAACUAUCCUGACGACUACAAACCGAACAAAGAGUGCAUCUGGAAAAUUUCUGUGGAAGAACACUUCUCUGUGGCGCUUAAGUUCCAGUCCUUUGAGAUCGAAAACCAUGACAACUGUGUCUAUGACUAUCUGGAGAUACGGGAUGGACACGAGGAUAACUCUCCACUGAUUGGUCGAUUCUGUGGGUAUAAAAUUCCAGAGGAUAUCAAGUCUACCGGAAACAAGUUAUAUGUAAAGUUUGUGUCUGACGGCUCUGUACAGAAGGCUGGGUUUGCUGCUUCCUUUGUAAAGGAGUAUGAUGAGUGUGCGACAGACUACCAUGGCUGUGACCAUAUUUGUGUUAACACACUCGGCAACUUCAAGUGUGAAUGUAAGAUUGGGUAUGAGCUCCACUCCGACGGAAAGAAAUGUGAAGAUGCGUGUGGAGGCUACAUAGACCUUGAGAAUGGUACGAUUCAGAGCCCCUCCUUCCCUGACCUGUACCCACCCAACAAGAUGUGUGUGUGGGAAAUUGUGGCCCCGGACCAGUACAGGAUCACACUCAACUUCACACAUUUUGACAUGGAGGGCAAUAACCAAGAUUGUGAGUACGACUCGGUGCGGGUGAGCAGUGGUGUAGGAACAGAGGCAGUCAUACACGGGAUAUUCUGUGGCUCCAAUCUCCCCAUGCCCAUCACCUCAGAGAGCAACACACUCCGCAUUGAAUUCAACUCUGAUAACUCCGUACAGAAAACAGGUUUCCAAGCUGUUUUCUUUACAGACAUGGAUGAAUGUGCUGUAAACAAUGGAGGUUGUCAACAUAUUUGUAAGAACACUGUCGGGAGCUAUGAGUGUGCCUGCCACAAUGGAUUCACCUUGCAUGAAAACAAACAUGACUGCAAGGAAGGUGGAUGCCAACACACCAACAGUGACCCCCAAGGGGAGAUAAGUAGCCCAAACUGGCCGGACUACUACCCGAGCCGAAAGGACUGUGUGUGGCAAUUCACCACCACUGAGGGACACAGGAUCAAGCUUGUCUUCCAGCACUUUGAGUUGGAGCCCCACCAGGAGUGUACUUACGACCACAUUGAAAUAUUUGACGGCAAGGACUCGAAUGCCCGCAGCCUGGGUCGGUUCUGUGGCAGCAGUAUCCCACGUCCCAUCAGCUCCAGCAGUAACGUCAUGUAUAUGGUUUUCUACUCGGACGCGUCUGUACAACGCAAAGGAUUCCACGCCAUCCACAAGACAGAAUGCGGCGGGCACCUGACAGCUAAGGAUGGCCAACAGAGACUGUACUCGCACUCUAAGUACGGCGACCAGAACUAUGACAACAAGAUGGAGUGUGAGUGGGUGAUUGAGGCCAAAAGCAACAAACGUAUCAAAUUCUACUUUGUCACGUUUGAAAUAGAAGAUGAAAGCGAAUGCGGGUACGACAAUGUCGAGAUAUAUGACGGAAUGCACGAUACCGAUCCCUUGGUCGACAGAUACUGCGGGAGUAAGGUUCCCUCUGAGAUAAUCUCGUCAGGAGAGUACCUUCUGAUUCGCUUCAAGUCUGACGACACCAUCAACUGGAAAGGGUUCUCUGGAAUAUAUCUCCAGACCAGCCCAGAACAGGAGGGACUAGGAGGGCUGAAGCAGCUCCCCAAUCUCCGCUAGUCUAGACCAGCCCGCCUUUCUAUCCAGGGAUUCUGUAGAGUUCCAACUGAUCCGAGCCAGUCCACAGCAGGUUUAAGACAAGGGACACCCACACCCUCUACCUUCCUUCAGCCAUCGCUCUGUCUGAUGUUUGGCCAGUCCUUCAAAAGUCUACACUGUCAAAUUGUCCACAGGUUACUGAACGCCUCGUGUACAGGUCAUUAUGUGAGCAGGGUCCAAAGCAAUAAAUAAGAUGUGGAAUUGUGGGUGAAAGUGUAUCAAAUGAAGAGAGAAAUUGAGGGAUUUGUGUUAGCUCAGCACCAACACUGGAACACUUCUCUACCUCCAUAUAAAGCGAGCUAAAGAAGACAUAUUUCUGUAUAUUGUGUGUGUCGUAGGGAGAAAUGGAAAAGAAAAAAAUGCAAUAAUCAAAACGUGUAUUGUUGAAUGUGCCGUUGUUUCUAAGUUGUACAUAUUCUAGGUAUCUAAUUAAUGGUUGUGUUCUAUAGUGUGUAAGGGUAGCACAUCAAACUAGCUGUAUCAUUGAGUCAGCUCUACAUUUUCUGGAACAUAUAUUCAUGUAAAUUAAUUAUUGUAUCAUAUUAUAUCUAGAUCAUGAUUUAACUUUUUGCAAUCAAACAAAUGUUUUGUUUCUGUAGUGUGGUGAUGUCGCGAUAGUUUACCUAUUUGUUUGGCAGUGGAUGCUGUACUCUGUGAACACCAAGCCAAUUCGGACGCUACCAUAGCUCGGUGAACACUACUGUAAGGGGUUUUGUACACAUUUUUUUUUAGUUAUUAAAAUGGAAUGUCAAAAUAAUAUUUCAUCCACUUUAAAUCAUAUUCAACGUGUACAAGAUCUCCGAUAAAUAUUCUAUUUAUAUUGUACAGGAUAUACAAUGGAUAUAAUUAUUACGUAUACAAAAACAUCUGGCACAAUCUGGAUGGAUUAACCGUACUAGGUUGGUGUUGCUGAUAAACCUUCUGAAGCAAUACAUUUAUUGCUAUUUAAACUUGUUAAAAACUGCCUAGUACUGUAAACAUGCAAAUCAGCAUCAGUGACUAUCAAUUCCAUGGACAUUAAUAAUACUGUAAAAACUAUGAUACAGGACGUUUCUUUUUAAUACGUUUCUAGCAUUUAUAUGUGAUGUGAGAGUAAAUAUGACAUGUAUACAUGGUGUACAAUGUAACAUUGCAUGUUUACAUGUUGUACAAUGUAACAUUGCAUGUU